GUGGAUCUGGAGACUGGACACGAUUAACAGGAAAACAACUAAUGGUUUCAAAUGUUACUAUCACAUUGACGUGAUGAAAGUACAAAUAGUUUUUCUCUUGCUAUGAUGUUGAUACGGAGAAGUACACAGCUAUUGAAACACAUUACAGAUGCCAUGCAGACGACCACUGUACUCUCACGAAAAGUUUUAAGGAGAAAUAAGCUCAACAACAAACGGCUUUUCUUUAUUCGUGCAGGGCCUCUUCACUCGGGGGAAUACGAGAUGCAAGAUCCAAAAUCACCAGAUGAAGUUGUUAAUGUGACAUACAUUGAUCGUGAUGGCAAUCGAAUAAAAGUAAAAGGGAAAGUAGGAGAUAACUUGCUAUACCUGGCACAUCGUCAUGGCAUUGAAAUGGAAGGAGCUUGUGAAGCAUCCUUAGCAUGCUCCACGUGUCAUGUUUAUGUAAGGGAAGACUACUUGGAAAAGCUUUCAGAACCAGAAGAGAAGGAGGAUGACAUGCUGGAUAUGGCUCCAUUUCUUCAGGAAAACUCAAGAUUAGGUUGCCAGAUAAUUCUAACCAAGGAGUUUGAAGGACUUGAGGUGACUUUACCAAAGGCAACCAGGAAUUUCUAUGUGGAUGGCCAUGUUCCACAACCCCAUUGAAAUAAGAACAAACUAAAGAAAAGAGUGUUUUAUUUAAGGUGGCUCCCUAGAGUAAUUACAAACACCCUCCUAUAGAGCAUGAGUUAGAAAAGGAAACUCAGUUAAUUUCUCUUAAAAUUUUUGCUGUAGAGAUUUACCAGUAUGGGUACUGUUAAAAUAAGGCUUAUGUUUUGGUUGUCAAUUUUUGGAUUAAGGCCAUUACCAUGGCAACAUCUCAUCUAAUAACAGGCAGAUGUAUUCCUCAUUUUGACCUUAACUCCUUAAUAUUUAUACUUUCCUUCAGUGAAUUUUUUUCAUACUUUGCCACAUCAUGGAAAUGAUAUUGCCU